UGUAGCGCUUACGGUGCCGCUUUUCUUAUCACUUCGCCAUCCUCUUAUCACCACCAACGAUUUGUAACAUUUUGAAAAUUUUCAUCCAUAAAAAGAUCAAAAAUCUCCGAGUUAAUGCGAUGUUGAAGUAUUUUCCAUCAAUUCAACGUCGUUAUUUUCAUCCACAAACGUAUAAUAAUGAAUGCACAAUAAUCCAUCAUCUGAUCCGAUGACCGCCAACUCGAGUUCGAUUUUGUGGUUAACGUUGGUGGGUCUAUUAUGGGGUGGCACCAAUCCUGUCGUUAAGCUAACUUCCAACGGUAUAGCAAGUAUUACAGGACGUUCGAAAUUCCAUACCUUUAUUUUACAAAUCAAAUUUUUAUGCGUUAAUUGGAAGUUUCUCGUUGCUUUAAUUUUGAAUCAGAUGGGAUCUGUUGUAUAUUACUUCGCAUUGCAGUUUAAUAGUUUAUCGUUAUGUGUACCGGUGGCAAAUUCGUCAGCUCUGUUAUGUACGGUUAUUAGUAGUUGGUUAUUCGAUGAGAAAAAAAUGACUUCAAGAACAUUAGUUGGUGUUGGUUGUCUAACAAUCGCAAUAAGUUUCUUUAUUGCAGAUAAAUACGUAUAAUCGAGCUAAGCUGAGGAAUAGUUCCAUUUUCAAGCUAACUUAAUCAGAUGACGUUCACAACGAUCAAGUUUAGUAUUGAUUCGAUGCCAGCGAUUUGAAACUAAUUGCAUUCGGUUAUUCUGUACGAACAUUGUUUUGUAAUUUUAUUAUUCAAUAUAAUUAAUACUGUUCGUA